UAAAAUGUAAACCGUUUAUGUACAUUCAAAAAAUAUUUUCAAAAUUUUAACUCUUUAACUCUGAAAAUGAAGAUAAGAAAUUUGCGUUUAUAAAUGACGAAACAUUAAGAAACAAAAAUACUCUUCUUUGAUAUCUGGUCCUUCUCCAUUCUUAGUCAGACCUAUUGACUUGAAGUCGUUACGCUCACAGAGCCGAUGAAACCGAUUGGCGCUUAACAGCACCACCGAUUGUCGACUAACAGCACGCUGCAAAAGCACGAGAGACCGGAGUUGCCGGACCGCACUGUUAACAUAGUAAAUGUCCGAAUAAAAUACACACUUGGAAAAAGAGAGAAAAAUUAGGGCCACUGGGAAGGCUGAAGUGUGCACACUUGGCAAUCGAACAGAAUCGACAGCAAAAGCGACCGCCCGCAAUCCGCGCAAGGAAAUCCCGUGACUCGGCUACUUAGCAGGACGACAGAGCGAUCCCGAAGGCAGGAACAAAUGGCGGAGAACGGACUGCGUGUGCCAGGGUCAUCCGCGGUGGCCUCUUCGGUGACCACCACGGCGGCGGGGGCCGGAGGCGGCGGAUCAGUAUCGGCGGCGGGAACAGGGGCAGGAGUGGUGGCCACCGGCAGCAGCGGGGGCACGAGCAACGGGGAGCACGAGAAUGAACACAGCGCCAAUGCGGACAGCGAGAAGGUCCAGCCGGCGCCGGCGGUUCAAAAGUACAUGCAGGAGCUCAUGACGGAGCGGUCGCGCAUGGAGAAUCACUUCCCCCUGGCGGUGAAGCUGAUCGACGAAGCCCUUGAGCGUGUGCAGCUUAAUGGACGUAUCCCCACGAGAGACCAGUACGCCGAUGUCUACCAGCAGCGCACCAUUAAGUUGACCCAAAAGGUGCACGUGCCCAUCAAGGACAAGAAGUUCAACUAUGUGGGCAAACUACUCGGCCCCAAAGGCAACUCGCUGCGUCGCCUGCAAGAAGAAACGCAGUGCAAGAUCGUCAUUCUCGGCCGUUUUUCGAUGAAGGACCGCGCCCGCGAAGAGGAGCUGCGCAACUCCGCGGACGCCAAGUACGCCCACCUAAAUCUUCCGCUGCACGUCGAGGUGUCCACUAUUGCUCCGCCCGCCGAGGCGUACGCCCGAGUGGCCUACGCUCUGGCCGAGAUCCGGCGCUAUCUCACGCCGGACAAACAUGACGACAUCCGCCAGGAGCAGUACCGCGAACUCAUGGAGGAUCCGGAAGCGGCCAAGAAGCUGACGCUUCGACAACUGCAACAGCAAUCGAAUGCUGCGGCCAGUGGAGGCGGCGGCGGAGGUGGUGGUGGCGGAGGUGGAGGAAACGGAAACGGCGGUGCAGCUGGAUCCGGAAGCAACAAUGGCAAUGGCAACCAGCGCCCCGGCGGCAACUACAGGCAAAAGUUUCAGCAACAAUCACACUAUCGCCACAACGAGGAGACUGUCUACUUUCGCUCACACAACAACGCGUACCACCAGCCAAAACCCUAUGUGCCAGCCGCCCAGCGGGGCAAUGCCAUGCACACCACCUUGCCACCGCAGACGAUUGUGCGAGCCUCACCGCCCGGAAUGGUCGUCAGUGCGGCCAGUUUCAACGGCCGGAAUGCCGGGCUGGGCAAUGCCGGCGGUGGCGGGAUCAUGGCCAAUAGCAUCGUGGCCACCGCUGGUGGCGGUGUGCCGCCCAAUAUGCGCUACCGUCCCGCUGCCCCAUACCAGUUUGUCAAGAAAUAAUACAGAUGGGAGGAUGCACCGCCCGCUGCCGUUCGCUGUUUGUUCAACUAUUCCUCACCGUCAUUAAUGCCUCAUCCGGAAGUAUUCACGCCCAUCCCUCAUGCCCAUCCAACCACCUACGGCCACGCCCAUACCACCCACACACAGCUCCAAAGGUAGAUGUAGUAACGAUGAGAACAUUGGAAACUUGUCAUGCAUUAAUUUCACCAAGAUUUCGGCAGGGUGGAAACCAAAACGAAACGAAUGAGUAAAUGUAUGUUUAAGAAAACUAGCCUAAGUAGACGAAUGCUCCGAGGAAUAGACGAACACCUCAACAUGAAGAACACGACCCAACCAAAAACCAAAAUCAACAAACCGACCAGACAAACACCCACCACCCCACACGUACGCCAGAAUUCCUACUCCUCAAAGAUUUGGGCUUAAAGGAUUACGACGGUCUGGGAUCUGGGGACUUUGGAACCCGUGUGUUGGGCCCUGCGAGCAUUUGGGAAAAGAAGAACGAAGAAGGAGAAGAACGCCUCGAUAUUGGAUCGGGCCGAAUCGAAUGUAAUGGAAUUCAGGGAUGAUCCCAGUCGAGCUGAUGUCCUUGUUUUGUUUUGUCGUAUAUUAUUUACAUUUUAUAUUUUACCACUGACGCAUGCAAAGACUUCAUCAAUUUCUAAUUUAUAUCAAUGAAUAUAUAUAUCUCCUUUAUGUUUACUAUUACAUGUAUCCUCCCCACAGUCGCUUAAUCCAAUCGCUUUUCCAACUCUGCGUUUAAGUUUAUCCUAUUUUUUGUUUUAAUGCAUUUUGUGUUACGUUUACGUUUAGAAGAGGAGGCUUUUUAUUUUUAUUUGUUACGUCGCCAGGACAGAAAAAUAAUUGCAAACGAUCAUAAAUAAUAUAUAUAACAAGUAUAUAACAUCGAUAUGAUUUACUACACAUAGUGCAUAUGCAACACGACACGAUCACACGCGCGUACGUAUAUUCAAAGCAUCAGCAUAUUCACGUAAAACCUUAAAGUUUAAACCAAAUGAACAUUAGAAUCGCAUCGAGUAUCUGCAACAUAGAUCGGCGCAGAAGACCGACUUCGCCUACGAUAAUGCAACCACAUCCGAUCAGAGAAGAAAAAGCAAACACACAUACAUACAUACAUAAUUGUUAUUGUUGUUGAAAGCAACUAAAAUUGUAAUAGAAAUUAUGCAAAUAUACAUACGAAUAUGACGACAAAUGUUAAUUGCAGCCUAGUUAUUAUUUUAUUUGUCCACAUCCAUACCGAAACAAAACCUAAGAUAUAUUCGUAUAUAGAAAGAGUGCAGCCUGCGGAUCAGCUAAACCUUGUUCACGAUGCUUCUGAAUCCACAAAACACACAAAAACUAAACCAAACUCGAUUUUGUAUUGAUUUCGAACAUUGAAAACAGCAUGUAAACCCCAUACACAUAAAUGUGAAAGUACGAAACUAUAUAUUUUACAGUGCAUUAUUAUGUAUUGCUGAUUAUCGUUAAAUAAAUUUCCAAUUUGAAUUCGCCAUGUUGAAUACGCAAACAGGUA